AUGAAGAGCAGGGUGACACAAGUGAAUCAUGGUUCCAGUUAUGAAAGGAAGGAAAACUACAGUUCACGCCAAAGAAGUUUGUCUCCAGAGGACAGGGAUAUAGAGCGUGACAGGUCUCCAUCUCCCAGAAAGAGAAGACACUCUGAUGACAGCAGAUACGAUCAGGAAUAUUCAAGAAGGGAAUAUUAUGAUGACAGAACUUCAGAAGGAAGAAGGAUGGAAAGGGGGAGAGAAAGAUACCAUGAAAAAUGGGAGGAGAGAGAAUCUGAUCGAAGGAAGCAGAGAAGAUACUCAUCACCUGAUCGUAGGAGUCCAGAGAGGUCAACAGGCCAGAGCUCACUUGCUCAGGAUGAGACCACUCCGAAGAAGAAGAAAGAAGAAGUGGAUCCAAUCCUUACUCGCACAGGUGGUGCAUAUAUUCCACCUGCCAAGCUCAGGAUGAUGCAAGAGCAAAUCACUGAUAAAAAUAGCUUGGCAUAUCAGAGGAUGAGUUGGGAAGCCUUGAAGAAGUCGAUCAAUGGUCUUGUCAAUAAAGUGAAUGUUUCUAAUAUAGAAAAUAUCAUUCAUGAGCUCCUUCAGGAAAAUAUUGUUCGUGGAAGGGGAUUGCUAUCUAGAUCCAUUUUGCAAGCUCAGAGUGCCUCUCCAAUUUUCACCCAUGUUUAUGCAGCCCUUGUGGCAAUUAUCAAUUCAAAGUUUCCAAAUAUUGGUGAAUUGAUUCUCAAGAGGUUGAUACUAAAUUUUCGCAAAGGAUAUCGCAGAAAUGAUAAGCAACUCUGUCUAACAUCUUCAAAAUUUGUUGCACAUUUGAUGAAUCAGAAUGUGGCUCAUGAGGUUUUAUGUUUGGAAAUGCUCACUUUGCUGCUUGAAAGACCUACUGAUGACAGUAUUGAAGUAGCAAUUGGAUUCAUUAAAGAGAGUGGGCUCAAAUUAACCGAAGUUUCUCCUAGAGGUAUUAAUGCAAUCUUUGACCGUCUUCGACACAUUCUGCAUGAAUCUAAAAUUGAUAUGCGUGUUCAGUAUAUGAUAGAAGUCAUGUUUGCUGUACGGAAGGAUGGCUUCAAGGAUCAUCCAAUUAUUCCAGAGGGAUUAGAUCUAGUGGAAGAAGAGGAUCAGUUUACUCAUAUGUUGCCAUUAGAAGAUGACUACAACCCGGAGGAUGUCCUUAAUGUUUUCAAGAUGGAUCCAAACUUUAUGGAAAAUGAAGAGAAAUACAAAAUGCUGAAGAAAGAAAUCCUUGAUGAAGGUGAUAGUGAAUCUGAAGCAGAUCAAGAGGCUGGAAGUAGUGAGGAAGAUGAAGAUGAUGAAGAGGAGGAUGAAGAUGGUCAGAAAGUUACUGUCCAUGACAAAACAGAAAUUAACCUGGUCUCCUUCCGUCGUACAAUUUAUCUUGCUAUUCAGUCAAGCUUAGACUUUGAAGAAUGUGCUCACAAAUUGCUGAAGAUGGACUUUCCUGAAAGUCAGACUAAAGAACUCUGCAAUAUGAUACUUGACUGCUGUGCUCAGCAAAGAACAUAUGAGAAAUUCUUUGGGUUACUAGCAGGGCGUUUCUGCAUGUUAAAAAAAGAAUAUAUGGAAUCCUUUGAAGCUAUUUUCAAAGAACAAUAUGAUACCAUUCAUCGUUUGGAAACAAACAAACUGAGGAAUGUUGCCAAGAUGUUUGCUCAUCUGCUGUACACCGAUUCAAUUCCUUGGAGUGUCCUUGAAUGUAUAAUACUGAGCGAAGAAACUACCACAUCCUCCAGUAGGAUUUUUGUCAAAAUAUUCUUUCAGGAACUCAGUGAAUAUAUGGGACUUCCUAAUCUAAAUGCAAGAUUAAAAGAUGAAACGUUGCAGCCUUUCUUUGAGGGAUUAUUGCCUCGGGAUAACCCAAGAAACACUCGCUUUGCCAUCAAUUUCUUCACUUCUAUUGGCCUUGGAGGACUAACGGAUGAAUUACGGGAGCAUCUUAAAAAUGCACCAAAGAUGAUAAUGACACAGAAACAAGAUGUUGAGUCAUCAGAUUCCUCUUCAUCUUCAGAGACAGACUCUUCCUCAGAUUCUGAUUCUGACAGCAGCAGUAGUAGCUCAGACUCAUCCAGCAGCAGUGACUCCUCGUCUAGCAGUGGCAACAGCAGUGACUCAGAUGUUCAUAAGGCCAAAAGAAAGAGAAUGCAAAAGAAAAAUAGAGAACCUGAUAAAGUUUCCAGGAAAAAACAAGAAAGUAAAAGGAAAUCUCUUGAAAAGAAAAUGGGAAGGAGACAGCAAGAGGAAAGAAGUGAUACCGAGAGCAAAUCAGAAAGAAAUCACCAACAUUUGAGGGAGUCGCACAGGAGAGAUGAUGUAUCAAAAUAUCAUCACAGAGAUGAGUCCAAUGGCAGAGACGGUUACCGUAGUGGAAAGGAUAGAAACCAUGAAAGAAGUAAGGAUCUAGAAAAUAAACACAGUAAUUCAAAACCAAAGAAAGCAGAGAGGAGAGCUUCUUUGUCUGAUGAUGAAAGUUAUAGACACUGGAGCAAGGAUCAUGAACAUCGGAGUAAAAAAAGAGAAAGGUCAAAAUCCAGAGAAAGAGCCCGUAAUAAUUCAAGUCCGAGAGAGGAGGAACAAGAAGACCGAUACAGAAAUGGUUCAGAGAAACACAGAGAGAAGUACAACCGUUAUCCUGACCAGUACAGAGAAUCCAGAAGGAACGAGGACAGACGAAGGGAGAAUUCCCCGCACAGACGAAAAUAG